AUGGAAAAUGAUGCUUUCCUUGAGGAUAAUAACAUUCCAAAAUUUAUUGAUAACUUUCUUGAUAUUCCUAAAAACGAUCCAAAUAGUUUUGAAAAUUUUCUUGCCAGUGGCGGUGAACAUGUUAAUUUUCCGCCAAAUGAUAUUACUUUAACACCGAUGGGAAAAACAAUGCGAAAUAAAGCAAUUGAUCUUGCACUUCAAGAUCUAUCAACUUCUAGUGCUAGAAUGAUCAAUGAUUUAACACCUAUUAGAAUAGAGAAGAGAGAAAAAGGAUUUCUGUCAGUUGACAUGUUUCAGAUUGUUAUUUGGACUGCUUUUAUAUUUUCCUCUGUUGAGUUUGGCACAUUUGUCCCAUAUUUUGCUAGAUCAGUUAAAAUUAAAACAAAUACUACUACUGUUGCUGCUUUAGCAAUUUUAGCUAAACGGUUUGAAGGAAAAGAUGAAAUUGAAAUUGACCAAACAAUAUUAAACAAAAAUGUGGAUAACUUCAUAAAUCCUAUUAAUCAGUGUGGACAAGAUGUUGGUGACUGUGAAGAAAACAGUAGUCACUUUGCAAGUACAGUAUAUUGUGAACCAUAUAAAGGAUGCCAAUGUUCUUGUGUAGUUAAUUCACCAAUUUCUGGUUGUCAAAAUAAUUGUGUAAUUGCUGGUAGACAAGCUAAUAAUGGAGGAGGAUAUUCUUGGAAUGAACUUCAAUAUUAA